AUGGAUCUUGAUUCGAACCAAGAACCCACCUCCACCAACCAGCCUUCUUCGGGUCGGGUCGAAACAAUCGGACCCUCGUCGAACGAUUUCGACGCCGAUAUGUCACCUCGGAUGAAGUUUCAAAUUAUGAUCGAGGCUAUUCGCGCACGCCAACGUGCGCGUGAUCAGAUGGGCAGAAAUUCAACCGGCUAUAACAACAGCGCCACCGCCACCGACCGGCCUUCUUCGGGUCGGGUCGAAACAAUCGGAUCCUCGUCGAACGAUUUGGAUGCCGAUAUGUCACCUCGGAUGAAGUUUCAAAUUAAGAUCGAGGCUAUUCGUGCACGCCGCCGCGAAAGGGAUCAGACGCGCAGAAAUCCAACCGGCGAGAGGGGAAAAUCAUGUGGUUGCGGUAAAAGAGACAGUUCCCAUCUGGCGGCGGAACCCUCGGGAAGUGGGGCCCACGGAUUUCCCGAGUGCAGUAUAUGUUUGGACGCGGCGCGUGAUCCGGUGUUGACCUGCUGCGGCCACCUGUUCUGCUGGCCGUGUUUUUACCGGGUGCCAAAAGUUGAUUCUUGGUCAUCUACCAAAGAGUGCCCCGUUUGUAAGGGGGAGGUUUCUGACGACACCGUUACUCCCGUUUACGGAAACUUUGGUGGGCCCGCUGUGACGGAAUAUUCUUCCGGGUUGAUCAGGAUUCCACCUAGGCCCAAAGCCCGUAGGGUCGAGAGCGCUAGGCAACGAAUGGCUGGUGGGCCCCUCGAAGGGGUAUUAUCGGACGCUGUUCGCGACGCAGGAAGCCGACUUGCACGCCUUGAAACAAUUCUAUCACAAAUUCAGGCUAUAAGAAGUUUGAACUGA